CGAUAAAUAGACAGUAUACGUUCACACUCACAGAGCGUUGAACUUGUUACAACGAUAUUCGUUCCGAUUUCCACAUAAAAAAGAGUUUUUGCCAUACAUAUUACAAAAGGGAAGGCAGCUAAUCAUCAUCAUGUCGGGCAAACGAUUGGGCAGCGUGCUGUCCACUGCCAGUGCGAUGCAAUCGACGGCAUCGAUCGCCAGCAAGACCAAGCGAACCAAAAGGGUAAAGCUGCCGACCUUUGACCUUUCGCUGACGCAGAAGGAGGACAUUAAGAAGGCCUUCGAUUUGUUCGAUACCCAGUGCACGGGCUUCAUCGAAACGAAGGAACUGCGCGUGGCCAUUCGCGCCUUGGGAUUCGAGCCGAAGAAGGAGGAGAUCAGGCGCAUGAUGGAUGAAAUCGAUAAGGACAAGACGGGAAGGAUUGCCUUCAACGACUUCCUAUAUCUGAUGCACCAGAAAAUGGCAGAGAAGGACUCCAAGCAGGACAUGAUGAAAGCCUUCUCCUUUUUCGAUGACGAUCGCACUGGUCAGAUCUCGUUCGCGAAUUUGAAACGCGUGGCCAGGGAACUGGGCGAAAAUCUAACCGACGAGGAACUGCAGGAGAUGAUCGAUGAGGCCGACUUGAACGGCGAUGGCGAGGUUUGCAGGGAGGAGUUCCUUAACCUCAUCAAGAAAACCAAUUUGAUCUAAUUACUUAUUUACCACUUUGCCUUGCGGGGAAACGACGUUGUUCCUACUUUGUAGAUUUACUCAUUUCAGGCAGAUUCCCACUACUUCACAUAAACUCGCACUCUUAGUAUAGUAUUUUGAAGAAGUUUGGAUAUGCUUCGGUUCAAUAAAGCAAGGCACUACAAAUGCA